AUGGCAGGCGGCGACAACACAAUCAAGUGCAAAUCAUGCACUAGAGUCCUCGCAGCUGUCACAGCUGAUGGGCUCACUCCUGUACAAGCACUAGAAGAGUUCGGAUGCAGCACCUGCCAGCGGUUUGGCACACUCUACGAUGCUCUGCAAGCUGCAGAUAUAGAAUGGGCGGCUUUCGAAAACAAACGCGAUUCCAUCACGAAGAGUUUUGCGCGAGACAACCACAAAAAAGCCCGCAUGGAAUUCGAUAACUGGCUCAUGACAGUAGAGGCGCUCCCGGUUCCACCGACUGGAGAACGGACUACGCGCAUUGAACAAGCAAGUCCGGAGGUGCAGCAUGUGUUCCAUGGGAGCGAGCAACCACAUUUAGGCAUUGCGCGUCGAAGAUCACAUUCGCCAACAACCCAACCUCCUGUAACAGAUGAAGAAUCACCCAAUCCACGGCCGCAGCAAUGUGACGCGCCACUGUCUUUUCGGCCGUCGCCCAAGCGAUCGCGCAGCACCAAUUCCCUGCUUGGACGAAAACGACUCAAGUUUUCAGAUACGGUCGAGUUCCACAAGACCUACCGCAGCAGUGAUGAGUAUCACCGGCCUAGCCAACUGUACGUCAGAGGCCGCAAUGCGCCGCCCGAAGGAUCGGAGUAUAUGGACACAAGCGGAUCGGGCCAAACAUUCCUUAGGUUCACGCAAAUGAAGAAAGUGGGCGCAAAAUGGGUGGAGCUGAGUGAAGAGGACCUUGCUAAGAAGAGCAAGAGUCCGGCGCUUGCGGUAGCACAGCAGGCCCCUGCAGCAGUAGAGCAGCUGAAGUCGCACAGCAGGAAUGAAGAUGUGGCUGGCAAGUUGGAACAGGAGGGAGAGGCUCCACCAGAUGCUCGUGCAGCCAGGUUGGCCAGACGUGCUGAGGCAUCCAGCAUGGGCUCAGCGCAGACCAAA